GCCGUGAGUUGAUGCAACUACAACUUAAUAAAAGAGUCACAGCGCAUUCUACCGAAAAUCAAGCGUGUAUAGAGACUUUUCUUGCUCUGUUGCUAUUGCUGGUUUUUACCUUCUACCUUUCAUACAUUUCAACGACUCUCUCCGGAUACAUAAUAUUUUUUAAAAAACGAAAGAAAUCAAAGAGGGCUCCUCUGGCUCUUCUUUUCUUUUAUUUUUUUCUUCUGUUUUUAUUUCUGCUCGCUUUACGGUCUUGCACCACGUUCACACAAUUCUGUCCGUCCGAACGCCAGUAAGUAGUUCUUUGCACUGUAUGUUUUUUUGAUGGUUCUGUGUGUGUGUACGUGUUUUAGUUUUACCGUCCCUACUCCGUACGUGGUGCAUCUUUCACCUCUCUUUCUUUACUUGGACUCUGUUUCGUUUUGUGUCUUUCCAAUUAUAAAUAAUAAAGCUUCAUUAUCCGUGACAAAACUUACCCGUCUUCUCUCCUCGCUGCAACAGCAGUUUUGUUGUUGUUGUUACUGUUGCUUCCUAACUGCCAAUAGCCAUUGAGUUCUCUUAGUUGAUCCUGAUGCUGCUUGUUGUUUCUGGAGGUCCUUCACAGUUCAUACCGUCUUUGUUGUCAGCUCCUUGCAGCUUUUGUUUUCAUAUAUAUUUCCCUCUUUCCAUAUUUUUUUGGGGGAGGGUGACUUCAACGUUACUUGUUCACGCAAGAUCCGACACGCGCAGUCGCUUCGGUACUCGUUCACUGUAAAACGCGAGGGACCGUUGCACGGUUUGGAAAAAACUCUUAAAGCAAGCAAAAAUGGGAUGCCAUUAUCUACGUAGCGGUAGCACCCUCGGCGCCGCGCUGAGCCUCGCGGUCACCACCAUGGGUGCUGGUAUUCUCACCCUCCCGUCCGCCUACGCAGAUGCCGGCAUCAUCCCCGCUACGUUGGUGCUGACCGGAGUGGCGGUAUUCACGGUCUUUUCGAUUGACUGUAUUGUCCUCGCCAUUGAGAAGAUCGGGCGUAACUCGUACGAGGAGCUCACCGGUGAGCUGCUGGGCCGCCAUGCAGAGGAAUUUAUUCGGUGGAUGCUGCUCAUUUACAACGUGGGUAGUGCCAUUGGGUACCUCGUCGUGAUUGGCGAUCUCAUUGAUCCGUUGCAGCCGCUGGUGACGAGCCACUUCCCGCUGCUCACCACGUCGAAGCACACCCUGCUGGCGGUGUGGACGGUGCUGAUCCUGCCGCUGUCCUGCGUGCCCACCCUCGGCGCGCUGCACGUCUCCUCCUUCCUCGCCAUCACGGCCACCAGCCUGAUCUGCUGCAUGAUCAUCUUCCGCUACUUCGUGCCGGGGCCGACGGAGCCGUCCGCGAUGACGGCGCAGGCCGUGGCGAGCGGCACCGCGACGGCGUCGUGGUGGUGGGGCGUCAACCCUCUGCUGGCCUUGCCCAUCAUCAUGUUCUCCUUCGACUGUCAGUCCCUCGUAUUCCAGAUCUACGCCGGCCUGGAUGAUAUGCGCCGUAGCAACAUGAUGAAGGUGUCGGUGCUCAGCCUGAUCGUGACGGGUGUCAUCCACGCCGCCGUUGGCUUCUUCGGCUACAUUUCGAAUCCCAUCGACGUGCGCGACAACAUCAUCAGCAACUACGACCCGAAGGUCGACCGGCUCUUCACGGUGGGCUACGUCCUCUACGCGGCCCCGAUCAUCUUAGCGUUUGUCAUCAUGCUAUUUCCAAUUCGCGACUCCAUCUUUAUUCUGUGGUACGGCUACAGCUCUGCCUCCGUGGCCACCCACGUGCCGCGCAGCAGAGAUUAUGCGCACCUCGCGGAUGAGGAAGAAAAAUUGCUGUCGAUCGCGGUCGCCGAAGAGGACGCCAGCUGCAUCGAAAUCAUCACGAACCACUACGGCACCGUCACGGAAGAGAAGCUCCAGGCAAUCGUGGAACGGAAGAAGCACCACAACAGCAUCGAGACCAUCCCCGCACGCGACCACCUGCUGAUCAGCAUCACCUUGAGCACGCUCUGCGUGUCUGUGGCGCUGAUUGUGCCGGGCAUCGUCUCGGUGGUGGCGCUGCUCGGCGGGUUGUGCAGCUCCACGUUGUGCUUCACCGUCCCCGGGCUGUACCGCUAUCGGCUGCACCGUCGCGGUAUCGCGCACUUCACCAAUUGGUGGAGCUGGUCACUGACGCUUUUCAUGAUUGGGUUCGGCGUGGUGGGGGGGACGCUGGGGACGAUGGUGGCCGUCAUGAACGCUGCGUAA